GGACUUAACACACAAACGCGCGCUCCCGGUGUAUACACACUCCCAUCCCUGUUUUACACAGCUCCGUCCUGUCCUCUAUUGUUGGUCAGUCUCCCCAAUGUGAAGCCGAGGGGGGUCGGGGCCAAAGGGCGCAGGUCAGGAGGACAGAGGAGGUGCAGUGGUGGUGGAGGGUGGAGGUGGUGUUUGUUUUGGCUGUUUUUGGGGUGCGGGUAGGGGCCCUCUGCUUGGUCGUGUGAUUUAGCCUGACAGCAUCAAUGAGAGAGAAGGGGCUGGCUGGGUCAGGAGGAGCGCAGGGCAGGAACGCCAUGGCCGUAAAGCUGUUCUUCUGGGAGCUGGAGAAGCAUCUGAAGAGCUCUUCGGGUGCAAGUGUGGUGGCCAUUGAUAACAAGAUUGAACAAGCAAUGGACCUGGUGAAAAGUCACCUGAUGUAUGCUGUGCGCGAGGAGGUGGAGGUGCUGAAAGAGCAGAUCAAAGAGCUGAUCGAGCGUAACACUCAGCUGGAGCAGGAGAACAACCUGCUCAAGAACCUGGCCAGCCCCGAACAGAUGGCUCAGUUCCAGGCUCAAGUCCAGACCGGCGGCUCCCCAACCAGCACCGCCCAGCCUCCGGUCCCGGGCUCAGCCGGAACAACACAAGUCUCUACACAGAACUCCGGCAUGUCUGCGUAACACACUGGAAAGCCCCCUGCAGAAGAUAAAAAGGGGAGGAAGAAAGAUGAGGAAGAGGAGGAGGGAGUUUUGCCAUACUGUGAACUGACUCUACCAUCAAGACCGACUAUGCCACAGUCUCGCAGAGCACACACUACAGCUAACCGGAGGACGAAACAACUUUCUUUUGUUGCACAUUUUAUUUAAAUGACUUGGGAGUUGCACCGGUGUGUGUAUGUGUGUCAGCUUUGUCUCCAACUUUUACCUGCUUCAGACAAUCGUCUUUGUCGUGGUGGUGGUCGUCAUCGUGUUGAUGAUGGGGAGGACAGAGCUGACAAGAACUGACUUUACAACCACCACUGUUGUUCAGCUUCUCUGAGGAGGGUGAAGCUAAUUAAGGGUGUGGCUAAUUAGGGGCGCCCUGAGCACGCUGUGCGCUCUUGUCAGUGCCGUCAAAUCCCCUCGCAGUGAUUCGUCGAAAUUGUGCCAUCCUCUUACCCCACCCUACCCCGCCUCAACCCAGCACUGUCCAUCAGCAGUUUCAAUUUUUUUACACAGCAUCUUCUUGUAUUAUCAUUCAGAUUUUUUGCUCUUUUUCAGUGCUGUGGUUUAUGCACUUUUUUCACCAACAUCUUUCAAAAAUGGUGACAGUGGACAGACUUUGAACAGACAAACCAAACGACCCAUCUGGAAUGGGAGUUCAGCUCAGUUUUUUUCUGGUUCUCUAUCCUCACAGCUGGCUAAUGAGCAUCUUGAAGAUAAGAGUCAAUAUUGUGGGUUGAGAGGGGGGGGUAUAAAAAGUCUGAGUAUAUAUUAUCAGCGCCUCGUUGUCCACUUUAAGAACUUAUUUUUUUCGUCGAUGUCCCCACCCUCACACACUCUACCCCUGUUGGAUGGAGCAUUAAACAUUUAUGCAGGGAAUCAAUGUUUUUUAGGGAGGGCUGGGAAGGUUUAGGAUUGCAGUUUGUUUUUGUCUGUUUAUGUUCUUGAUCUUCUUGAUGUACUUUAUGUCCUAGUGAACUGUAAAAUAUAACUAAGAAAGAAUAAAUAGGACAUGACUGUUUAUAGGUAGUGGACUUUGUACAGUUAAAUUUCCAAUUAAACUCUGCCAAGUGCCUGGUUUUUAACCAUAGAUACAUAUAUAGAGCCUUUUUUAAGUUGUUUUAUUCAAUAUGUACGUGUAUAUAUAUCUAUGGUUUCACCAGGUUUGGAACUACCUGUGAUGUCAUUACUCAGGGUGGGAACAGAAGAGGACCGUUACCUCGACACUAAGAUGCUGUCUCUCCUGCAGUGACACACGGCCUUGUACUGUAUGUGAACUCUCCUCUGCGGUCGCUUAAUUCACUCACUCAAAUGAUCUGGACUGUUUCAACAUUUGGGGAUGUGUGUAGUUCUUUUAUAAUGAAUGAUGGUUUAUGGUUUUUUUUGUUUUACUUUGUCUUUUGUACAGCCAAGUGUUUGAGUUGCUGGUAGGGCAACUGAAGUGCUGAACAUAAUAAUGGGACACUUGGCAAAAAGGAAAAUGCCUAGCAGAAUUAUGUCAUUGUUUUGUGCAUGUUCCUCAGCCCAUCACAAAUGUGACGUUACAAUUGCACUAGACAGUUGCACCUCAAAUAAAAACUAAAAGUAAAAAACAUAAA